AUGUCUUACCACACGCUAGCCAUCUGCUUGCUUUGGCUCCUGGCUUUCUCCUCAGCUUGCUACAUCCAGAACUGUCCCAUUGGAGGAAAGCGAUCCAUCCUGGAUAUGGAAGUCAGAAAGUGCAUCUCCUGUGGGCCCAGAAACAGAGGCCAUUGCUUCGGACCCAACAUCUGCUGUGGAGAAGAGCUGGGCUGCUACUUUGGCACAGCUGAAACACUGAGAUGUCAAGAAGAGAACUUCCUCCCAACCCCUUGUGAGUCUGGCAGGAAGCCGUGCGGCAACAACGGGGGAACCUGCGCUGCGUCUGGCAUCUGCUGCAACAACGAGGGCUGCAUGAUAGACUCUCUCUGUGAUCAAGAAUGA